AUUCUUUUAAUUUUAUAUACAUAUAAAAUAAUCUAAGUUUAAAGAAAUUAAUAUUUUUCACAUUUUUAACAAUUAACUUUAUAAUUUCUUGAAAUUAUUUCGUUUAUCUGUACUUACAAUAAAAGAACGGUCGAGGCUGUCCCUCACCGAUUUUGUUGGUUUUGGAUAUGUUGCAGAGCAUCAAAAAAGAAAAAAACCCGUAUUUUUUUAUCAGCUUAUCUUGAGUUUUAGGGGUUGUUUCAACCCCUAGAAAAAAACAAAAAAUGAAAAUUUGACAUUUUUAAAAGAAUUGAAUACAUCAUUGCAAAGAGCAUAAAAUACUAUAAAACUUUUGUAUAAAACAUUUGUAUAAAACAUUUGUUUAUAUACCUCACAUUUUAGAAGAUAUUUGUUAAAAAUGAAAAAAUACGUUUUUUUAUAAGGAUUAAAACAAUCUCUAAACUUCGAGAUAAACCAAUAAAAAAAAUACGGGUCUCUGAACUUUUUUGAUGCUCUACAACAUAUUCAAUGCCCAUCAAAGUCGGUAUAAGGAAUAGCCCCGACCGUUCCCUUGUUUGUUACGUACCUGUAAAUAAGUAUAUAUUAUAUUUAUCUUUAUUUUGUAUUUCUUUUUCGUUCUUAACACAAAGUAAUAAAUAUUAAAUAUAUAAUUUAAUUCAAUUUAAUACAUAGUAGAAAAUUAAUUUGAUUUUUAACUCAGCUAUUUCCCUUUCGUCUUAAUAAAGAUAUGUAUCAUCGGAUAAAAUCGUUCACAUUAUUCUAAUAAGUCUGUAAGAAUAUAUUACAUUAGGUGAAUAUUCAGGACAAAAUAACGCAAUGAUUACAUUUUACGAUCUCUCUCUCUUUCUCUCUCUCUCUCUUUCGCUUGCUCGUUCGAAAAACGUUUAAAUUUCCGCGGCUACGCGCGGCGUGCGGGGCGUCACACGGAUAGAGGAUCGGCUCUGUGUGCGACUGUGCGUACAUGCUUGAGUUCGGAAUCGCAUCACUGCCGGUGACCGGUGUCUUGAAUUGUUGCGGAAAUCGUUUGUGGAAAGUGUAAACGGCCUUAUACCAGAAUAAAGAGAUCGAGAAUAUACAGGAAUAGCAUUAAGCGAAGAAUCAACUGGAGCUUUUUAAUAUCAAAAAAGUAUCAUACAACGAUACACGAUUAAAGGCGCAAUUGCAAAUACUUCUUCAUGUCUCGUGGACCGGUGUCUUUUUUUGUUGCUACUUGGAAAUAGUUUGUAUAGUGUAAACGAUCUUCACAUAGAGAAUACAGCAUAUAAACGAACUUCAACUAAAGGUAUGUAGAUACAUGUAUUAUAGUGCUGCUGAAACACGAAAUGCACACACAAUGAAUAGAAAUUAAAAAUUAUUUAUUUCUACUUUUUAUUUUUCAUUAAAUUUUUGUAACUAAUAUUUAAUUUCUUUUAAAUUGUUGAAUUUUUAUUGGACAUCAAUAUCGAGGGAUGCCAUUCAAAUUUAAGCCAUUUAUGAGCCUCAGCACGAGGCACAAGAGAAGGCGGUUAUCUGCCUUGUUAAUGGAAGAUCAUUCAAGAGACUUUGAAUCCGCCAAAAUUCCGGCACCACAGCCUGGUCUAUCUGUCUCCGGUAACGAUAUCCAAAACGAUGAUGAAUCUAUUACUGAUAACAAUGGAAAUACUUCUGGCACGAGCGAGGAAGUGGAAUACAGUGAAGGCACCGAAGGAGAAGAAGAAGAAGAAGAAGAAGAAGAAGAAGAAGAAGAAGUAGCAAAUGAACAAGAAGAAAGAGAAGUCGAUAGAAAUAACGCAGAAGCACAAGAUAAUAUGGAAGACGAAAAUAUGUCGGACGCUUCGGAACAUGAAAAUGAUAAUGUUUUACAAAACCUGGACGAGCUGAGGACGACAGCAUUACAAAAUGCCUUUUUAGCAGCAAAUGUGAAACAUACCCAAGGCAAUAUAUUACUCAAAACGUUGCGUGAGUUCCCUUUUAACAUAAAAUGUCUACCGAAGGACACGAGGACGUUACUUCAAACGCCUAAUGAUAUUGCUAUGAGGAACAUUCAACAAAUUGGUGGAGGAGAAUAUCUUCAUUUGGGUUUAAAAUAUACUCUUAUCAAAAAAUUGAAAAGUCUUCCUGAACAUAUGUUACCGGAAACAAUAGAAAUCGAUUUUAGCACCGAUGGUGCUCAAAUCCACAAGAGUGGCACAGGUCAGUUUUGGCCCAUUCAAUACAGAAUUUAUAAUUGUGUUGAUAAAAGGCCUGUAAUCGCGGGUAUCUUUAAAGGAACACAGAAACCAUCGGAUACUUUUCAAUUUUUUGAACAGUUUGUUCAAGAAAUUAUCGACAUACACGAAGAAGGCGGUGUUCAUAUAAGAAAUCGACGAUUGCCAUUAAAAAUUCGAUGUUUUAUUGCCGAUGCACCAGCGAGGGCAUUUGCUUUAAAUCAUUAUGGACACAUAUCAUCAAGCGCAUGUUCAAAAUGUAAAGUGGAAGGUCAUCGUUGCGAAGAAACGGUAUUUUUUCGAGGAACGAUGGUUUUUCCGGGGAUUCGUCAUCCGCCAAGAACGGAUGAACAGUAUCGGAAUAUGGUAGAUGAAGAUCACCAUAAAGGUGCAAGUCCCUUAAGUCCCCUAAUGGGACUGGUGACGCAAGUUCCAUUUGAAACUAUGCACCUCCUAUAUAUCGGAAAUGUAAAAAAAAUUUUACACACACAUCUGAAAGGAAAGUAUGGAAAACAGAAAUUGAAUAUAAGAAAAGUAGAAAUUCUUGAUUCAAGAAUGGCAGAUCUUCAAGCAUACUGUCCUUCGGAAUUCAACCGCCGCCCAAAUAAAUUCUCCAUGUUUAGUCAUUUCAAAGCCACUGAGUUCAGACAAUUGUUACUGUAUACUGCUCCGGCUGUGCUGCAAAAUGUUUUAAGUGAAGAAUACUAUGAACAUUUCAUGCUACUACAUUUUGUGAUGCGCCUUCUUAGCUUGCAAAAUAUUCCCGAUUCAACGUAUGUUUGGUGUCAAGAAGCUUUGGAAAGUUAUGUCUGCUUAUGCGAGGAACUGUACGGAGAACAGUUUCUCUCAUAUAACGUACACGGUCUUUUACAUGUAGUCGACGAUGUUGCAAGAUUGGGACCUUUGGAAACAUAUAGUGCCUUCUGCUACGAGAAUAAUAUGCCUGAAUUCCGAAAAUACAUACGAAAACCGCACCUCGCUCUUCAACAAUUUUACAAUAGGAUUUGCGAAUUAAAUGAUGUUCUUCUGGCUCCCGCUGAUAAUAAAAUCCAAAUUUGUGCAUCUAAAAUUCACGCAGAUGGACCUCUAUUGCAAAAUAUGCCUACCCGUCUUUGUCGACAAUUUCGGAAAUUGAAAAUUGGGAACAUUACAUUUUCCACUUCCCUUCGUGACAAUUGCUGUAUUCUGAAUAAUGCAAACAUCUGCGUUAUACAAAACAUAGUCCAAAUAGAGGGAAGAACUACGUUCAUCGUCAAAAAAUUUCGAACACAGAUUCACAUAUAUGAUGUUGGUAGGACAUCUGAUUUGGCAAGAGUUUUCCAGUGUUCUAAUUUAUCCAUUGCAAUCGAGGCAAUAAACUUGACGGAUGUAAAAGGCAAAAUGUACAGAAUGCCGAAAUGGAGCUCUCAGGAAGGUGAAGAAGAGCUUGCUCUUGAACAUGAGUGGAUUUGUGUAUCACUAAUAACACCUCUGGUGUUACCGUAACAUUGGUGAAAUGUGAAUUUAAAAAGACGCAAAAGAAAUAUUGUAAAAAUGAAGAAGUAGUGAACAGUACAGUGGAACCCCGCGUUAGUGUACUUCGCGUUAGCGGAAAUUAUCCCCUUCAUAUGCAGUCGGCCCACGUGAGUAGCGUGUGUGGGGGAUAGCAAUACGCUACGUAAUACGCUAUAUCCCUAAAUUUCACGGAGUGGGAGUGAAACCAAGCAAUAGGAGAUCACCCCGCGUUAGCGGACUAGAGCCCCGAAGAGUCCGCUAAAGCGGGAUUCUACUGUAUUAUAGAUAUGUGACAGUAUUAUAUAUGACGCAGUGCCAUUAUAUGACAGUAAAAUUCCGUACAUUAUUUUUCACAAUAAUUCAUUUUAAUAUGCAAAGUUUAUUGAAAUGGACAAUACCAUUGCUUUUUGAGAUUCUUUUUAUUUCCAGAAGAAUUUAUUUGAAAUUUGUAUAAAAGCAAAGUUAUAAAAUUAUAAAUUAUUGUAAAUUGUAUAGAUUAUUACAUUCCAUUUAACAUGGAAAAGAAUGAAAGAAAAGAAAAAAAGAAGAUUUCAGCGAGAAGUGGUAGACUGCUCAUUCGACCAAAAAAA